AACUUGAGGGCGCUGUUUCUGAAUAAACUAUAUUGUCAAAGAUACUUUGAUAUUGUCAAAAAAGCAGAUAUGAAGAAAAUUGGGCAAUUUUUUGAACAAAAAAAGCUUGACCACAAGUUUAAAAAAGCUGGAGAGGGUCAUAAACUUACAGAUGAAAGACCCGCUUCUUCAGCCAGUUCUAGUAAUGCUGGUACAAGUAGGCCUCAAACUGCGACUAGACAGAUAUCCAGUGAGGGCGCUCAAAUGGCUGGGAUGGCAGCCGUGGCACGCUCUGAACCGCCUAAAACAGAAUCGCAACAAAUGAAAGCCAUCCGAAGAGAGGCUCAACGACAAAUAGAAAAAGAACAAGCUGAGAAGGCAGUAAACAUACCCACAGCAGCAAGUGCCAGAACAUCUUCAUCACAGGGGUCAAAUGACCCUGAUGGUUUCAAUGAUGGCAGUGCCCCUGUAUCUGUUGGAGGUGUGUAUUACACAUGUGCACUUAGCCCAGAAAGAGUACAAAAAAGUGAGUUAGAUGAACACAUACGUGAGUGCAUUCUAAUGCAUCUAGCAGUAGAUCCCAUCAAAGCAUCUUCAAUGAUGGUGAAGACAUUAAACAAGGACAGUGAGAAGGUCCAAGUUUGUAUAAACACAAUAGAAAAAUAUAUAAGUAAUGUCUGUGCUCAUCCUGACGAAGAUAAAUACUGCAAGAUUCGGCUUGGUAACAAGGCCUUCCAGGAACGAGUAGGGUCUAUAGAGGGCGCUGAGGAAUUCCUGCAAGCGCUAGGAUUUGAAAGGAAGUUGCUACAACAAAAUGGGCAGGAGGAAUCUUAUCUUGUCCUCCAGCAAGAAAAGAGAAACAACCCAGAGCAGCUGAAGGCACUGUUUGAUGUUCUUGUGAACACACAGCCAGUCAAGCCAAUCUUAGAUCGCGACAUUAAGGUUUUUCACCCACAUAAUUGUGUAAUGAGGUUCAAUCUGCCACCUGAAUUCUAUAACUUAUCUACACAGGAAGUUGAAAGAGAACAACAGUUAAGAGCUGAGGAAGUUGAGAAGAACUCAAUAUUGCGAACCAAAGCUAUGCGUGAAGCAGACUUACAGAAGCAACUCCGGCGUUAUCGAUAUGCCCUCAUUCGUGUCAGGUUUCCAGAUGGAAUCAUUCUACAGGGAACAUUUUAUGCUCGAGAUAAGUUAUCAUCGUUAAUGCAAUUUGUCAGAGAAUGUCUAGUAAAUGAUUGGCAGCCAUUUUAUCUUGUCACUCAAACCCGACAAAAACUUACAGAAGAAAACUCCAUGCUCACUGAAUUACAAAUUGCCCCUGCGGCGAUGCUCAAUUUCGCAUGGGAUGAGAGCAUUGCUGAAGACAUUGCUUCCGCACAGGUCCAACAAACUGCGAUCCUCAAGCCUGCAAUCAUGAAACUCAUACAACCUCUCUGAAUUAACAAACAGAUCACACACAAUUUAUGUAUAGUAUAUAUCAGAUCAAAAGAAAUAUUGUUGUUGGUCAGAUCAUAUUUGUGGUAUUUUUUAAUCUCAUUUUGCUUAUUCUGGUACAUCACAUUUGUAAAACAAAUACAUAUUAUUAUGUUGUAAAGAGUUGUGUAUUCAUAUUAUUAUUACUAAUAUUAUUGUUAUUUCAUUAUUGUCGUUGUUAUGAAGAAGCUAAAGGGAAAAACAAUAGUAUUAAUGCUGUAAAACUCAAAGUGCAAUGUACCUUAUAAAAUACUAUGGACAACAACUCACAGUACAAUAAAUGCAAACAUAAGUUAAAUUGCUAUAUUUUCUUAUUUUUAUUAAGCUUAGCUCAUAUGUAAAUUUCUCUUACAUGUUGAUAAGU